GCGAGGGCGAGAGACGAAGACAGAGAGGCGAGGAGCGAGGGCGAGAGACGAAGACAGAGAGGCGAGGAGCGAGGGCGAGAGACGAAGACAGAGAGGCGGCUUGGGACGAACACAUAACAGGAUUGACAUGUCAACCAGUUCAAACAAUGAUGCUGGAUUCUUUGAAAAUAAAAGAUGCAAAUGUGGGAAAAAAGCAGGAGUGUACAUAUCAGAAUCAGAGAAAAAUCCAGGGAAGAUGUAUUUCAAGUGCGCAAAUAAGGAUUGUGACUACUUUGCGUGGGGAGUGGCUUCUACUGGGAGUGGAUCAAAUAUCCAAAAGAGCGGAUACGAUUAUGAUUUUGCGAGAAACAAUGAACUUGUGAAUAUCCUGGAACGACUUGACGCAAACCAACGAGAACGACUUGAAGCGAUCAAAUUCAUGAUGCUCACAACCAUAGUGAUGGUUGGUUUUACCAUGCUAGUGGUGCUGCUCAAGUGAACUUGUAUUUCUACUUAAUGUAAACCAGUAUUUCUACUUAAUGUAAACCAGUACUUGUAGAACUUGUUUA